AUGUCAGAAGAAGACCCUUCGCGUCUGGACAAUGAGAUCGAGCUCCUCACUGCAAUCUAUCCCGACCAGGCCAUCUACACGCCCAAGAGUCGCGAGCUCAAGUUCAUACAAGAACAUGCAACAUUACAGCUUCGCAUACCAGAUACCUACCCGGAGUCAGGUCUACCUGACGUAUUAGGUGCAACCGAUUCUUCCAGACAUGACAUCAGAACACAAACAAAGACAGCCAUCCAAGCCCUCAACCUGCCAGAAGGAGAAGAAGCGCUUGACGCGAUCAUAUCAGCAUUCCAACAAGUUGUUUUAGAUAGACUUGAGACAUCAAGUAUUGGUUCCGCAAAGUCUACGAAGUCUGUGAAGGGAACAAAAGAUGUGGAUCCAAAUACCAAGAAGACAGUGAUAAUAUGGCUACACCACCUCCUCAACACCAACAAGCGCAAACUCUGUCUCUCCCCGCCCUUCUCUGGUAUCACAAAACCAGGCUAUCCAGGGGUCCUGAUCUAUUCAGGGCCAGCAGCAGCCGUUAAUGCGCAUGUCAACGAACUGAAGGCGCAGAACUGGUCAGCUUUCCAGGUCAGAUUCGAGGAAGAAGUUGAGUGGCGGUUUGCGCAUGGGGAAGGGGUCAGGGAGGUGGAGAGUAUGGCGGAUGUGGAAAGCACAGGGCAGGGUCAAAAGCAAAAAGAAGAGUUCUUGAAGGCUGUUGGUAUUAAAUGAUGAUGGCCGCCAGCAAUGAGCACUAUCAUUGAUUGAAGAAGACAGCAACAUGGGCAACGAAAGCGUAUCUGCGUCAACGCAACCUGGAGGUUAUCAGUGUAUUCGGGCGCCAUUGGAUGCUUACUAAUGCAGUUCCGGAGCGCUUCGUGAGCGGGCAACAUCAACUCCAAAUUGCGAUAGAUUAACUUGAAGAGAACAAAGACUUGG